AUCGAACCCACAAUCUUGACAUACUGGACGAUGCUCUAAGCAACUGAACUACUCUGGCAGGGCUGGGAGAUUUUUUAAACUCCUGGCUUCCCCAGUCUGCCACAUCUGGUCCACUGCUGAAUCCUGUCUGUUCCCCGCUCUCUUCCAUCCCACUGCUGUCCAUCUUGUCUCACUGUGAUCUCGCAGCACUCCAACAACCUCCCUCCAGCCCAUUCUCCACAUUGUAUAAAGAUUGAUGUUCCAAAAAAGCAAAAUCUGAGCAUGCUAACCCUAGCCGCACUUAAAACUCAUCAACUGCUUUUGAUUAGCUUCAAGACCAGAGUGCCUUCUUACAAAAAUAACUCAUAAGGUUUUCCACUGUCUGGUUGUGUCUACUUCUCCAACUUCCCAUCUCUCCCCAUUCUUUCUGCUCUCUCUUUAGCUUUAGCUUUGGUAAAAUUCUUUCACGUUUUCCAGUGCACCCUGUACUGUGACUAUAGCUUCAGUACUCAUGUCUGGAAUGCUCUUUUCCACCAUCACUCCAUGGCCUAGCUAGCUCCUAUUUAUCCUUCAAGUCUCAGGCUAAAUAUCAUCUGCUCCAAAAGUCCGACACACAUUGCUCCUGUACAUACUAAGUUGGGCGUCGUCUCACAUCUACACAAUACAGUAUUUUUCCCCCAUAGGAACCUGUACUUUAUCAUAAGAGUACUUGUAAUUAUAUAUUUUAAAAUGUAUAUUACUAUGUUGUCUCUAGUCCUCAAAACUUAAGAUAUUUUUUAUGUGAAACUAAGUAUAGAGUUAAUUUUUUCUACAAGUGAAUAGUUUAACUUAGCUUUUUGCAAGAAAAUAAAAAGCUUUCUUUGUUGUUUCAUCUUUUAAUGAAUUAAUCUACUUAUUCUUCCCAUUAGGCUUCAGAAUACUGGAAGUGAAGUAGAUUCUAGCAGAAAUACCACCUGUUAUAUUCAAAUACUCAUUUAUAUUUAAAGUAAUAUAGACAGCACAGUCCUGACAACACACCUAUUUAUAAUUUUAAUCCAGCCACUACGUUCGUUUCUUCUUCACAUUCUGGAACAAGAUACUUGGGUUUGAACGUCAUUCUAGAAUCCAUCUACCCUGAAAAUGCCACCAGCAGUUGGAGGUCCAGUUGGAUACACCCCCCCAGAUGGAGGCUGGGGGUGGGCAGUGGUAGUUGGGGCUUUCAUUUCCAUCGGCUUCUCUUAUGCGUUUCCCAAGUCUAUUACUGUGUUCUUCAAAGAAAUUGAAGUUAUAUUCAACGCUACCACCAGUGAAGUGUCGUGGAUAUCCUCCAUCAUGUUGGCUGUCAUGUAUGCUGGAGGUCCUGUCAGCAGCGUCCUCGUGAAUAAAUAUGGCAGUCGUCCGGUCAUGAUAGUUGGUGGCUGCUUGUCAGGCUGUGGCUUGGUAGCAGCUUCAUUCUGUAACAGUGUAAAGGAACUUUACUUUUGUAUUGGAUUCAUUGGAGGUCUUGGGCUUGCCUUCAACUUGAAUCCAGCUCUGACCAUGAUUGGCAAGUAUUUCUACAAGAGGCGGCCGUUGGCAAAUGGACUGGCCAUGGCAGGCAGCCCUGUGUUCCUCUCUACCCUGGCCCCCCUCAAUCAGGCUUUCUUUGGUAUCUAUGGCUGGAGAGGAAGUUUCCUAAUUCUUGGAGGCUUCCUACUAAACUGCUGUGUGGCCGGAGCCCUGAUGCGACCAAUAGGACCUCCACCAACUAGGGUAGAGAAAUAUCAGUCUAAAGAAACCACUCUGGAAGCUGGAAAGUCUGAUGCAAAAGUGGCAAGUGAUGCAAAUACAGAUCUCAUUGGCGGAAACCCCAAAAAGGAGAAACAGUCAGUCUUCCAAACAAUUAAUAAAUUCCUGGACUUCUCCCUGUUCACUCACAGAGGCUUUUUGUUAUACCUCUCCGGAAACAUGCUCAUGUUUUUUGGACUGUUUGCUCCUUUGGUCUUUCUUAGUAGUUAUGGCAAGAGUCAGCAUUACUCUAGUGAGAAGUCUGCCUUUCUUCUUUCCAUUUUGGCUUUUGUUGACAUGGUAGCCAGACCAAGUAUGGGACUUUUAGCCAACACAAAGUGGAUAAGACCUCGAGUUCAAUAUUUUUUUGCUGCUUCUAUCAUUGCAAAUGGAUUGUGUCAUCUGGCAGCACCUUUGUCAUCCACCUAUGUUGGAUUCUGUGUGUAUGCAGGAGUUUUUGGGUUUGCAUUUGGGUGGCUCAGCUCAGUUUUGUUUGAAACACUAAUGGACCUCGUUGGACCCCAGAAGUUCUCCAGCGCUGUGGGGUUGGUGACCAUUGUGGAAUGCUGUCCUGUCCUCCUGGGGCCACCACUUUUAGGUCGUCUCAAUGACAUAUACGGAGACUACAAAUACACAUACUGGGCCUGUGGCAUAAUUCUCAUUGUUGCAGGCAUCUAUCUCUUUAUUAGCAUGGGCAUCAAUUAUCACCUUCUGGCAAAAGAACAGAAAGCAGAGAGGCAGCAGAAAAAGGAAAGUAAAGAAGAAGAGACCGGUGUAGAUGUUGAAAAGCCAAAAGAAGUUAGCGACGCAAUGGAAUGGCCAGAGCAGAAAGGCACCGAAGAAAACCCCAAAGAGGAGGAGAGUCCAGUCUGAACCUGUGGGGUUAAAGGGCAAAUGGAGCAGCUUGUGACCCAAGAUACCUGAAAAUGUUCUACUGGCCUGUAAUCUCCCAGUGGUGCUCAAUGCAAAUAGUGGACGUUUGUGUGGAAAUCCUACCAGGUGUUCCUUGAUGGAAUUUUUGUUUCACUCCUUACAUUAGCCCAAAUCUAAAAUGCCAUAUCCUUUGGGGAGGGAGUGGUUGGCAAAGAAUGAGGGAAAGAAGUUGGAUAUGUUUUUUUUAAUCUUAGCUUUUAACAGUGUCAUGAAGAUUAUAAUAUGUGCCUUAAGUUUUAGUCUUUAGAAUCUUUAAGGAGCCUUAACUUUUCAACCCAUUCUGCUGAAUUCAUCUAUUUUAAGUGUCCAUUACAAAGAAAAGUAAGUAACUUGUUCAAAGCAAAUCUAAAAUUUAAUCUUGCUUCAGUGUUAUUUGUAACAUGGUGUCAUAUUAUCACUGAAAAACUGUAGAAAUCAGUAGUUGCCUGGCAUAUAUGCCUGCCUGCUAUAUAUUUAGGAAACUUAAGGCAUACAAUUUUGGAAAUAUCUUGGCUAUUCUAGACACAUUGUGCUCAUCAACGCCCGUCUGGUAUCUUCUUAGGAUGCUUAUUAGUCCAGUUCUUGAGUUGAUUUCAUUAAACUACUAUUUCUGCACCCUUUGCAAAGACAGAUUUUGAGUCCUUACAGAUUCUUGUCCCUUUUGAGAUCACUUAGUAUUAUUUUUUUCACUCUAAAAGUAUUAAAAUAUGCAAAACUACAUGUCUGUGCCUCCUUAGUAAAUCCAACAUCUCUAAUUAAAUGCAGACAGAUAUUUCAAACAGCAGCUGAAUUCAGCUUAAGUUUUUCUAAAACCUCAGUUAAACUGUGAGACUUAGAAUCUUUUCGUUGUUGUUUUUCCUGGAACUUGUUCCCCUUCAACUCAUAGUGGUUCCAUUUAUAUCGAUGUCUAGCUUAGAGCUGUGUGUGAGAUAUUAGGUCUUUGUGUGUUUAGUUUUGGUGUGUGUGUGUUGUUUUAUUAUUUUAAUGUUUGCUAAUUAAAGAGAGCCAAAGAGAUUUGGCCCCAGGCAAACCUAUAAGGAUAAGGUUGGGAGGGAAGUUGCUGAGUGUUUUUUGUUCAAUAAAUAACUCCUUUUUUCUGAGAAGUUCUUAAAGAAAAUUAUGUUUUGGUUAGAAUUAUUGGACACAUUUUACUCUCCACACAAACCUAAAAAUUUUGUGACUCAUUUCACUUAUUUGAAAAGUAGAGAAAUGGAUUUGUUAUAAGGAUAGGAGGGAAGACGGACCAGAAUGAAAAUGAAAUAUUUUUUAACCUAAUAUCCUUUAAAUUGAGGUAGACCAAUGACAUUCAGUGAAUUAUAUAUUGUAUUCAAUGUAUUUUAAAAUAUUAUUGUAAUUGACAGAGUGAAAGUAUAGAUAAAAACCUUGUGUAAGAGGCUGGCUUUUCCAAAUAAAUUUUUUUUUUGAAAUGUUUCUUCCUCCAAAUGUUUUAAGGAAAACAUUACUGUCUUUUCAUUAUUAAGAUUCAAUUUGACCCUUGCUAAUAGUAAAUUAAAUCAUUCAGUUUAUGUG